AUAAAGAAUAUAAAGGGACCUUUGAAACAUGGCUUUUAGGAAUGAUAUCAAGCAUAAUCAUAAACUGAAUUGUGUGGUUGUUUGAACAGUACUAGAUAAAGUACUGUGGUAUACAAAGAGAAGUCUCUGAGACGGAUAAAUGAUUAACUGUGAGGUGGGAUCAGAGUGAGACAAAACACGGCAGUGAAUGAAAGGGACAAAAGAGCAGCUCAUUUUCAAUACAACACAGACAUGUUUCUAUCUCCACACCUGGGAGUAGACGACAGCAUCUGAAAUUAGAGGUGUAGUUAAGAAUUGGUUUGGACAAAAUGGUGACGCUGAAACAUUUGAGCGUUAAUGAUAACGACGAAGACAGCGUUCCUCUGUUACCGGAAGCCAGCAGCUUGGAGAGCGCAACCACCCAACACAGCAGGGCAGAGUCCAGGGAAUUCUUCCUUAGCCGGAGGAACAACUUCAUUUUAAGCAUUGCUCUGUUGCUGAGCUGUUACUCGGCCAUUCUGGUUCCUGCGUAUCUGCCAAGACCAGAGCCCAUCUGGACUAAUGACAGCUCUGCUGAAACUCUGGCUCUGCUGAAUCAGUCAGCGGCUCUGCUGAAUCAGUCCUGUCGCAGCGGCUGGAGCGUGGAGAGGGUGAGAGCGUUGUCUAUACCUGCUGGGCUGCUGAAGAUUCCCGUGUUCCUGGAGAACGGCACAGGAGACUGGGCGCUGCCUCCUCCUCUGGGUCUGCAGGGUAGUGAGGAGAUGGUGGCUCAGGCCCUGAAAGCCCUGCCUUAUACUGCUGUACCCACUGGCCCAGAGACCUGCAGGAGAUGCGUGGUGGUUGGAAGCGGUGGCAUUUUACACGGCAAAAAUCUUGGUCCUCACAUAGACCAGUACAACAUCAUCAUCAGAAUGAACAAUGCUCCAGUAUUUGGAUAUGAAAAAGACGCUGGAUCCAGAACUACCAUUCGCCUCAUUUAUCCAGAAGCGGCUCCUUCUCAGACACAAGAAUACGAGAGUACUGAACUGGUGGCUUUGGUGGCAUUCAAGAGUUUAGAUUUAGCGUGGCUCAAAUCUGUGGUAACCAAAGAACCUUUGAGCUGGUGGUCUAAAUUGUGGUUCUGGAAGGACGUAAUAGACUCGAUCCCUCUUCAACCAGAAAAUGUUCGCAUCCUGAAUCCUGAAAUCAUGUACAGGACGGGGCAGGUGCUGCAGACCUACGCAGAGCAACAGAAAAAGAUGGUGCCGACGCUGGGUAUGACGGCGGUAGUUCUGGCCCUGCAGGUGUGUGACGAGGUGAGUUUAGCUGGAUUUGGAUACGACCUGCAGCACCCUGGAGCUCUGCUGCAUUAUUACGGCUCUCUCCGCAUGGAUGCCAUGAACACACAGGUGGUUCACGACGUCAGCGCCGAGACCAUCUUGCUGCGGGAGCUGGUCAAAUCUGGAGCGGUGAGAGACCUCACUGGUGCACUGUGAUGACUGCGGAAACUAUCCAUGCUUCCAAUAGUUAAGAGAGAUGGCAAACAGCAGAAAACUGUCCAGACACCCGGACUUGAGCAGGCCACCUUCAACGUCACAAAACAAUAGGGUCAAUCUCAACAUUGCUAUUCAUAAUUUUACAAUGUUUAAAAAUGUUAAUAUUUAGGGAAAAUACAACAUAAGACAAUACCCAAUAACAAAAUAAUAUACAAAGGCAUUUAAGUGGACUCGACUAAACCAAACUAAAACUAAACUAAACCAAAAGCUACUAUAGUAGACUUAUAAUAGACCCAAAUACAGCUUUUUAAAGGAUGACAGAAUAUUUUAUCCAAAAAAAUUACUUAUUUAUUUUCUUGCAAAAAAAAACUGAUUACAUAGUGUUUAAAAACAUUUUUUAAAGCAAAACAUUGCGUUUAAAUACAAACAAUACUAUAGCAAAAUAUAAAUGACGUAUUAAUGUUAGUAUCAGUUCUGUGAAAUAUCACAAUUUUAAAACUUAAAGCAGAGUGAAAAAAAUGCACUUACAUUAUUAAAACAUUUUUCUUGAGUUAAUCUUUCUGUAAUUCAUGAUUGACAAAUUUCUGACAAAUUAAAUUUAAAAAAAGUGCUGACAUAAAGGAAGGAGAGAAAUCGCAAUGAAAUUUAUAUGUUUGAAUAAAUUAUUAUCUCCUUUGAAUCAAGUGCAUGUAAUUUAUGUAUUUAACUUUGAAAUAACCAUACUUCAAAACCAUA